AUGACGGGCGACACACAACACGCCACUGCGGGAAGCCCGGCGCCCGCCGAGCGCUCGCUCGUUCCGGGACCCAGUGCGGCGGCCCCAAGCGCGCCGACGCUGUUCAGAGGCAUGCGCUUCCAGGACAGCAAGACGGCGUUCUACGCCGUGCAGGACUACGCGCUCUUUCACAACAAACAGGUGAAAGUCGAUCGGCGCGGCGGCAAACACCGCAAGAUGGUCUGCGCGUCGUCCGCGCCCUGUCCGUUCUUUGUGCGGCUCUACCUGCACAACUCCAAGACAGACAAGACGUGGUACGUCUCGAGCGCAGAGCUCACGCACUCGCGAAGCUGCACGUCCACGGGAAAGCCCACGCAGCGCCAGUUGGUCGAGAGCCUCAGUUUCCAGCAGGCGCUCGCGUCGACGCCGAAUGGAACUGCCGCGCAAUUGCUGCAGCAGCUGCAGGGCAAAGCGAACCUCCGCACAGUGUAUCGGGCCAAGCAGAUGAUGAAACGGGAGCUCGAGGUGCAAGUCGGGCACUCGUUCCGCCAGGUCCCGUCGCUCUUGCAGGCGUUCGUGGACCGGAAUCCAGGCUCGUUUACGCGGCACGACGUCAGCGACGCGCAGAGUGACGUGCCGGGCGCGUUCUCGCGAGCGUUCGUCAGCUGCUCCGUGUUCACCGACGCGACGACGUUCAACCAGCAGAUCUAUGGCCUGGAAGUGCGGCCGUGUCACCACAGGAUAGCCAACUACCACGGCGUGCAGCUCUUUCUACUGGGCAAAGAUGGCAACAUGGGCACGGUGACGAUUGCGGCUGCUUGCUGCGAUGCGCCGUCGAGCGCGAAUUACCGGUGGUUCUUUCGCUGUGUCGAAGCGAGUGGCGUGAACGUGCGCUACUGUCCCGUGUUGUGUACGAUGGAGGCCGAGUUGAUGGCCGUCGAGACUGAGCUGGGGCUCACGCUGCGCUACUGCACCCAGUACGUGAUUGAGCACGAGCUGGCGCAACUCGGGACGUUCAGCCACCACCAUCACGCACUAGUGUGGGGGCUGCAGGGAUCCGAGACCGAGGCCGAGUACAACAGCCGCCUCGAGUGGAUCGGCACGGCCUGCGGUCCGGGCGUGGAGAGCUACCUCCGACAGUUUCCGAUCGAGCGGUGGGUUGUUGCAGGGAACAUUGGCAAGGUAGCAAUGUACGGAUGGCGCAGCCGAACGUUUGGUGAGACGUCAGAGCAGCUGGAACAGCAGGUCGAUGCUGGGCCCGGACCCGGACCCAGUGUCGAAGCUCUGGAGCUUGGAGCGGACGAUAGCGUGGGAAGUACUUGUGGGGUCAGUGCAGCUGCACCUGCAGUGCGUCUCAAGGUCAAUUCCAGGCCUGACGAUGCCAUGAUGGGCCCUAGUGGUGCUGCAUCUGCAGGACCGACUGCUGCGAAGGGACUGGAUCGGUAUCGGGACAUGCUCCCGUUCACAUUCUUCGAGACCAUCAUGGCAUCGUUCAUGCAAGACGCGUUCGAGCGCAGUAUGCUGGCAGCGACGUGGAAGCGGCAGCAGCGGAAAGUAACGCAAGGCGCUCAAGACCUCUACGACGCACAGUACAAGCGCAUUGGCGAGUACAAAGUUGGCCGUGCGUCUGAAACGGUCGCGUUCGUGACGAGAGUGACCAACGACUGUGGUGUCCGGCGUCGCGUGGACUUGCAGGCCAGCACGUGCACGUGUGGCUUUAUCGACCAGUACGCGAUUCCGUGUCGCCACCUCAUUGCUGUACUGCUAUUCUGCGAGCAGAUGGACUCGAUCAUCGAUCGGUUUGCGUCUGGGUACCUCGUGGAGAACUACGUCCUGGCGUUUCGGGGUAAAGUGGUGGAGCUGCCGCUCGAUGUGGCCCUCAGCAAGGACGCUGCUUGUGGCUCGCCAGCCAGCACGGCGCGCUCGCCUCACGCGAAGACGGGCAGUAGCAACGGGACCGAGAAGGACCGCGGCACUGCUCUUUGCUCAGGCGCUAAACGGACCGCACCUGCAACGGACGUGGCGGCCAUAGCCGUGAGCAGCACAACUCCAGCCAUCGACACGGAGCCUGGUCUGACAGUAGAGCGUGUUCGCUUGUGCAAGAAAUGCCGCGGCCCUGGCCACAACUCGCGGAGCUGCUCAGUGACAGCGUAA